AUGACUGCUCUGCAUAAGCAGUUUCUUCUGAUAAUUGUUGUAGCUUCUAUUGGCCUUCUAAUGGCUACACCGGUACACGAUAAUAUGGCGCUGGCAAUGAAAACAGAUUUUAACUUGGCGCUUCCAAUACGCGAUGAUUUGGAGACAACAACAAUGUCAACUAAUGUCACUGAGACCACUGAAGUUUCAGGGAGAUCAAAGCGAAGUGCUACCACUGCUGUCCGUAAAAAUUUAGUCUAUCUUUCUGCUAGGGGUCCAAACGGCAGAUGUGACUGUUCAGCUUGCAAAAACAUUGAAGGUCACCCAGGUAGCCUUGGAUGUCCAAUGGGUCCAAUAGGAGCUGGCCCACGAAUGGGACCGAUGGGACCAUGCCCAAGAGGACACGCAGCUUGCCCUAUAAUGCCACAAAACUGCCCUAAAGGUCCGAUGAAUUGUCCUAAAGGCCCACAGAACUGCCCGAAAAUGCCACAAUCAUGUCCAAAAGGAGCAAAAGCUUGUCCACCAGGCAGCUGCCCACCUAUGAGAAACUGUCCUAAAGGUCCAGGAAUGAGUGGUAACUGCGCAAAGCAGUGCACUCCAGCUCAGAUGAAAGCUUGUCGCAUGAACUGUGAAAAGUGUCUUCCUAACCACCACUGA